CGAAGCAACACCAGAGACCUAUCACGACCCCGUCAAACUCCUAAAGCGCACCUCGGAAGGAGCGGCGUGCAAGAGAAAAAGGCCGAUUGAUGUUUCUGCGCAGGCUAGCCGUCGCCGGCAAGCGGUUCGCAGCGACCAUGGCGCAAUCGAUGACUCCCGUCGAAGAUGCUAUGCGGGCAAAGGAAACAUUCAAGCCCACAACUCUCGAGAUAUUCAAUGAUUCACACAAGCAUGCCCAUCACCAAGCCAUGCAAGGGGUCACUAGCAGAGAGACACACUUCCGCGUAAUCAUCACUUCCGAAGCCUUCAAAUCUAAAAUGCAAAUCGCACGGCACCGCCUGGUCAACGCUGUUCUGAAAGACGAACUAUCCAGAGAGGGCGGAAUCCACGCGCUGCAGCUCAAGACGCGGACGCCAGAUGAAGAGGGGCGUCAGACGCAGAAAGACGCAGCUGAGCAAUGACGAAGUGCGGCUCAAAGGAAUGACGAUGAGUGAUUGGGACUCGGGAAGAAAGACGGGCGACGGGCGACGCGUGAAAUAGACUCGAUGGCAUUGUGCAGAUCCAUUCAAUCCGGCUUCGACGCUUCCUUCAACUGC